AUGCUUCCUAUCGUGACUGCUGUGUGUGGUGUGCAGUCGAGCUAUGCCGAGAUGGAGGGCUACGCUCAGGAUUCGUCGGACAAGAUUUUGGCUAUCGUCGACCAAACCCGCAAGCUGCUAGCGAAGAUGGAAAUGGACUUGUCACGUGAAGACAUGGAUGAGCUCAUGGAAGAGAGCAAACACAUCCUACAGGGAAGGGAGGACUUGAUCAAUCCAAAUGGCGACGAAAUCAAGCCGGACACGCUUCGGAAUGCUCUGCGGGACGCUCGUGUGGAAGUGUCAAGCACGGGUGACUGCCGACCCAUGUAACUGAAAGUCGGCGGCGGCGUGAUCGCUAACGGUUGGCGGUGGAUCCCCAUGUGACGGAAAGCCGUCCUCACGAUUGGUACCGGUCGGCAUGGUGGUUGUUCUCGUAAACCUAAUGCAACGGACAGCCGUCGGACACGAUUGCUGCCGGUUGGAGUGGUCGGUCGUCUGGUGGACCUCAUGCACCAGAGAGGCGUCAGCACGAUUGCUUCCUGUUCACAUGGCUAUGCUUGAUGUGGAUUGUGGGCCUCAUGUAAUGGCAAUCCAUCGUCACAUUUACUACCGGUUGGCAUGGCAGUUACUCUUCUUGUGGAUUCCACGGCCGCUGUGGCUACGACCUCGUAAACCCUACCGAGAUUCUUGUCGGCAUUUUUCUCCUGCCUCGCCCACACCCUUUUUUGUCUUUUUGCGAACUUUGUAUUUUUAUUUUUUUUCUUCGCGAAUGGUUGACGUCUCCCACGUGGUUAUCGUUGUGGUUCUUGCUGUUGCUGUCGUUUUCGUCCUAAACGUGGAUUUUUUUUUUCUGACGAUGCGUCGGCACAAGCGUUGUCGAUUGACAGAUUGUAAGUUUGUCGCUGUCAUCACUGCGGUUAUCGUUGUCGACGUUGUUGCUGUUCUUCGGCACGAGCGUUUUUGCGGUUCGCAGGCUGUCGGUGUGGUUGCUGUCGCUACUGCUGCUACUGCGGUUGCCGUUGGCAGUGUCGCAUUUCCCGAGCGAUCGUGCUGACCUCUUCUCAGCACCCAAUCUUGCGCGCGAAUCAGUUUCAACCCGAAAAGACGUGAAAAACUGCUGCAGAUGUGAUGAUCGAUCGCCCUAUGGGUUGGAUAUCGGUUUAGGUUGGCUUGACACGUUGGCGGUCAGCACAUGGAUGUCGUUUUGUAGGCUCCUGCGUAUUUUGUAUAUAUUUUUUCUGAACUGUUUUGCUGCUGGUUUUGUGCAGUGUCGGCUAUCACGUCAGACAGCGUCGAGUAGUUGUUUCUUUAGUCCUUUUUAUAGUUGUUUGGUGUUGUCUGUAGUUUUAUCGUCAGCUUCCCCACUGGAACUUGAUGAGUGACUGGGUGUUGUUUACUACAGGAGUGAAGGAGAUAAAUUCAGCAGAUAUAGUUGUCAAGUCGCAAGAAGGAUGGUGAUGAUGGCGGUGACGGUGCCGGUAUAUUUUUGAAUGUUUCUUUAUUGUCAUCCCUUUUCUUCUGGAUGUCGGUCCUUGACUGUGGCAGCAGUUGGAUGGCCACGACUAUCGGGGUGCUAUAGAACAUGUUUUUGUAACAAAGCGGGGCACGCUGGGGUAGUGGGGAGGAUGUGUCGUGAUCUUGGUGCCGAUGGCGAUGAUGGGGAGAAAGGAGUCGCCCUCUGGGCAUGGUUUGAAGACGUGUACCGCCGGAAACUGUUCUGAUCUGCGUGAUCUCGGGGCAAAGACGCGCAAGUUUUGCACCGCUACGCGCCGAUACCCCAGGUGUCUGGCAAGAGUACCGUCGGUUGCUUCAGAUAUCACACCCCCUGGGCCGAUUUUCAAAGCUUGGUUACGCGGCUCGGAAAGCAGUGGCUGUGCCGAUAAUGGCGAAGUUGGAACCGUCCCGUCGAGAGCUUUCCGAACACGCAUCGUUGGCCUUCGGCAUCCUCUUGGUCGUGGAGCAAUCGAGCUUUGAUAAUCGGUCCAAGGGGGUGUGGUAUAUUGUGCAACCUACGGUAGAUGGGAUAGGAAAACAAGAAAAAUCGGUGAUGGGAUGACAUGAGAAGGGAUAUCACUGCAGGAUGGGAAACGCAGCGUCGCCGUGCUGCCUGUGAAGCGCAUCGCCUGCCCGAUGAUGGGUGUCUUGAUUGACACGAGCCCUUACUUGCAUGUUGAACGUCGAUCUUGAGGGGACGAUCGGUGCUUCAUGGGCGUUGGUGACGCUGUCGCUACUUCACGUGUGUGUUAGCAGGGUGAUGAUGGUGUUGGAAUGGCUGAACGAAAAUAGUAGAUAGUGUCGAUGUUAUCUCUGAAAGACCGGCCUCGGGAAACAAGCAAACGUGACAUGAUGGCGCUUGAUGAUUACCGUGAUGGUGGGGAGAAAGGAAUGGCUCUGUGGAUGAUUGAAGACGAGCACCGCAGAGAGGGCUUGUCUUUGCUAACCCAUGGGCCG